AUGAGAGAUGUUUCAUAUCUGGAGAAAUCUCUUCUAGAGAUGGUCGUGAGCAUUGUACCACAUCCGCGUAUGAUUCCGCAGAUGAAAGCUGAGAAGUUGCUCUGCUCUAGGAUGGAAGACUUUCAUUCAUUCCCGGAUCGAACGCAACGACUAAGGGAAGAUAUUCUGAACUGUGAUGCUGGAAGUGAAACAUUGAUUGUGUUCAUUUCGAAAAUGUUUCCUGUAGAUAGGAAAACGUUGCCACAAUCCGUGGCAGAUAGUUUAUCUAAAAUGACGUUGUUGGAGGACUGCGUUGAGCAGGAUGAUUGUGAGGAAGCCUUUCUUGCUUUUGCACGAGUCUACAGCGGAACACUAAAGCAAGGUGAUAAGGUGUACGUGAUAGGUCCAAAGCACGAUCCUAGAAAUCUGUUGUCGGAGAAUUACGAUUUGGAAGCAUCGCCACACAUAACACAGGUAAAUGUAGAUCAUCUAUUUAUGUUGAUGGGUCGACAAUUGGAGAUGAUCCCGUCCGUCCUGGCAGGAAGCAUAGCAGGAAUUGCUGGUCUCCAGAAUCACGUAUUGAAAACGGCAACCCUCAGUAAUACUCCCUACUGUCCUCCAUUUGUGGACCUGCCAGCGAUAGCUACUCCGAUUCUUAGAGUUGCAGUCGAAUCCAAGGACAUUCAACACAUGCCAAAGUUGGUCCGAGGAUUGAAACUUUUGAAUCAAGCGGAUGCUUGCGUAGAAGUCCGCAUCCAGGAGAGCGGGCACGUGCUCUUAACUCUAGGGGAGGUCCACUUGGAACGAUGUAUCAAGGAUCUGGAAGAUACCUACGCCAAAGUCAAACUCAAUGUAUCCAAGCCGAUUGUUCCGUUCAAGGAGACGAUUGUUAAAUUUGUUCCUACUUCCGAGGAAAACCCAGAGGAAGAAAUUGCGAAAGAAAGAGAACGAGAUAAAACUGUGACGAUCUACACACCUAACAAACAAAGCUUUAUCAAACUGAUCGCAAUUCCUCUACCAGACGAAGCGACUGAGCUUCUAGAACGAUGUAAUUCCCUUUUGAAGGCAUUAGCCAAGGCUCAUGAGGCGAAGGAGAUUUCGCACAAUCUUAAAGAAUCUCUGGAAGAACUCAAAGUUCGGCUUAGUAACAUUUUUACCGAAUGCGAAACUGAAGAUCUGCAAUCAACUUCAGUGGAUAAAAUUUGGAGUUUUGGUCCGAAGAAAAGUGGCACCAACAUACUGAUGAAUUAUUCCUCUUUCUGCCAUCCCUCGGUGUGGAGUUUACGACAAAGCUCCACUGAGCAAGUAACCGACAUACGGCAGAGUUUGGAAUCAUCCUUCGUUAAUGGAUUUCAGUUGGCUAGUUUGGCAGGACCGUUGGCAGACGAACCAAUGCAGGGUGUUUGUUUUAUUGUGCAGGAAUGGAAUAUUGCCGCUCCUGAUACGGAAGCCGAUGAAUCAAGUUCCACUGUUUUAUCACAUGGACCCCUUUCUGGUCAAAUAAUGUCCAUCGUCAAAGAAGGCUGCAAGAAGGCAUUCCAGAGUCAGCCCCAACGGUUGGUUCAUCCGAUGUACAGCUGCAACAUCACCGUCAAUUCGGACGUUCUAGGCAAACUGUAUGCAGUGAUCGGUCGGAGACAGGGCCGAAUCGUUUCGGCUGAUCUGAUCGAAGGAAGCGGACAGUUCGACGUUAGUGCUCUGAUUCCGGUGAUCGAGUCGUUCAAUUUCGCCACCGAAAUUCGCAAGCAGACGUCGGGUUUGGCAAUGCCACAACUGGUGUUCAGCCAUUGGGAGAUCGUGAACAUUGAUCCCUACUGGGUGCCGAGCACGGAAGAAGAAUACGAACAGUACGGCGAGAAGGCGGAUUUCACCAACAUUGCCAAGGUUUAUAUGGAUUCGAUUCGAGAACGGAAGGGACUGUCAGUGGAGAAGAAAACUGUGGAGCACGCCGAGAAACAACGGACCCUUUCAAAAAAUAAAUGAUGUUGUUGAUGUUUCCUCCUGAUGCUUUAUGUAUUAAAUGUAAAUAAUUAGCAAGUGGUAGUAUUUAUAUUUAAAUUAAUAAGAAUGUAAAUUUUUAUCACCGA